AUGGCGACCUUGAGCUCCAUUCGCUCCUUGACGCUGGAUCUGCCGCCGAGUUGCAUACAAUUUUGUCCGGGCAAACCGCACAUUUUCGUGGUCGGGACCUAUUUCCUGCAUGCACCACCAACAUCCGAAGUGGAAGCUUCGAGCUCUCCCAAUGAAAAGAUAGAAGCCCGCCAAGCUGCGCAAAAACGAACGGGGAGUCUCGUGCUGUACGAGAUGUCGCCAGAGAAUAUCAUCACCGAAAUACAAAGCCUCGCCACAGACUUUGCGAUUCUCGAUAUCCAAUGGACACCGCAUUCCGAACUCGUAGGCGGCGAUUUGCUCGCGGUUGCAACUUCAACAGGGAUUCUCGCAUUUUACCGGCUACAACAACAACAAGAACAACCCAAGCUCGUCUUAUCGCAUGUGCAGCACAUCACCGAUGAUGACACGACAUUGGUGCUGUCACUCACGUGGCAUCCUGUCCGGGCUGGUGUUCUCGGGUUGACGCUGUCCGAUGGAAGAGUUUGUGUGUGCACGAGCACGAGCACGAGCAUGGGCACUGGUAGUGGUAGUGGUAGUGGUAGUACAGAAGAAGAUGAUACUGCAGCUGGGCUUUGGAGCCAGGAUGCUGCAGUGAGCUUGCAGGAUGUGCACGAGCAUGAACUUGAAGCGUGGAUGAUGACUUUUACGCUAGAGAGUUUGAAUGUGCUCUCUGGUGGCGAUGAUAUGGUUUUGCAGUGCUCUCACCAGCAUAUCCAGAAGACGAACAAGAACAAGACUAACCUCCUCUGGCAAAACCGCAAACUUCACCACGCCGGAAUCACCGCCAUUCUCCCCCUUUCAGAAACUCUCAUAAUAACAGGAAGUUACGACGACCACAUCCGACUCUUACAACUUCCGAAAAUCCCCGGCGACACCAGACCUAAACUUCUCGCAGAAUUGAACCUCGGAGGUGGUGUGUGGCGUUUGAAGCUUCUGACAAUAAGAGGAGGAGCUUCCUCUUCUUCUUCUUCUUCUUCUUCUCAGCGAGAUGAUGACUCUGCUAAUGCAGCUGAAAAUAAAUCCUCUUUCAUCCUCCUCUGCAGCUGUAUGCACGCCGGAACUCGUAUCGUGCAAGUCAUACAUGAAGAGAAGAAGAAGAAGAAAGAAGAUAACGAUGAAGAGGAGUGGAAAUUUCACGUCCUGGCCAAAUUCGAAGAACAUGAGAGUAUGAAUUAUGGGAGUGAUGUCCAGCCUGACUUGAAGGAGAAGAAAAAAAAGGAGAAGGAGGAGAAGGAAAGGAAAAAGAUUGUUAGUACAAGUUUUUAUGAUAGACGAUUAUGUUUGUGGACUGUGGAGAUUUGA